ACAUCCACGAGACGUAAACAACGCGCGCGGACGCGGUGAAUUAUGGGAUAUCUUCCGUCGGCGGCGCGGUGCCGCCAUGUCUCCUGAAGAUAAACGGCGGCUAGUCGUUUUCUCCGCUGUGGUCUUCUCGUUAUUCCUCCUUUUACUCGUUUUGAGCUACAUACCAGCUUAUUUGUACAUACUUUUUAUCUGUGUCGCGUCUUGUGUUGUUUAUUUUCACAAAGCGGAGGAGCUGCAGCUCUUCGAGAGACUAGGCCUCAAUCCUCGCCGUGGAUUGAGCGUCCCGCCGGCUCUUUUGCGCUGGUUACCGGGUAGGACUUUGAGCGGAGUCCCGGCCGCAGGCAAAAACAAGAUACGUAAAAGUGAUGCUAGAAAUUCCUUUGCGUCACCCAGCGAUAGACAUUUUGCAGGCUCGUUUUAUAGAAGAGAACACACGCUCAGUGACUCGGUGUUCAGCCCUCGGGAUUUACUCAUGGGAAGUUACCUCGCCAAGGCUGAAGAAAGCCCCUCCGCCGCCUUGAGGCCCGCUGGAGGCUCGGGGGCUUUCGUCCACCCCAGAGAUCACCUCCGGGAGAGACUCGCCCGACCUAAUCAUGCUGUGCACACCCCUAACAGGAGACUGUCAUUCGGGGACCCUGUGAGCGCUGCGAGUCGAUUCACCAUCACCCCCCACAGACAUUACACUCUUCAGCAGACGGGACGUCUCCCAUCGGAGUGA